CCCGACUCCGAAGGCGAAGGCCAGCCAAAGGAAAGGAGAAAGCGCGGCCAUGGCGGAAGACGCGCCGCCGUCGUCGCUUCCGCUGCUGCUGCCGCGGAAGUCGUUGUCCUCGUCCUCCGCGCAGCGCAAGCAGCAGUACGCGCGGUGCGUGUCGCACGCUGGGGACGAGCUCCACAGCUUCCGCUCCUGCCUCGCGUGGAUGUGCGUCGACCACUCCACCCGCGCCCGCGGCGCCGCGUCGUGGGCGGCCUUCCUCCUCCUCGCCGUCGCCGCCCCGUCCGCGGCCACCCUCGCGCUCCCCUCCCCGGUCGGCGGCGGGGGGUCGCCGUUCGACGGGCAGGUCCAGGUGUCGCUCACCCUGGCCGCCGCGCUCGCCUACCUCACCCUCACGGCGCUCCUCCAGGGCCGCGGCCUCCGCCGCCUGCUCUACCUCGACCGCCUCCGCGACGACUCCGAGGAGGUCCGGUCCGGCUACAUCGAGGAGCUCGCGGGCUCCUUCCGCGUCCUCGCCUGCUUCCUCCUCCCCUGCACGCUCGCCGAGGCCGCCUACAAGGCGUACUGGUACCUCGCCGCGCCGCCGUUCCGCUCCCCGUGGUGGUCCGCCGCCGCGUGCGCCGUCGAGGUCGCCUCCUGGGCCUACCGCACCGCCGUCUUCUUCAUGGUCUGCGUCCUCUUCCGGACCAUCUGCUACCUGCAGAUCCUCCGGAUGAAGGGCUUCGCGCGCGAGUUCUGCAGGUUCGCCGACGUCGCCGCCGUGCUCGAGAGCCACCGCCGCAUCAGGAAGCAGCUCCACAGGAUCAGCCACCGCUACCGCCGCUUCAUACUCUGCUGCCUCGUCCUCGUCACCACCAGCCAGUUCGCCGCCCUGCUUGCCACCACCAGGCCGCACGCGCAGAUCAACCUCGCCACCGCCGGCGAGCUCGCGCUCUGCUCGCUGAGCCUCGUGGCCGGGCUGCUGGUGUGCCUCCAGAGCGCGGCGAAGAUCACGCACAAGACGCAGGCGAUCACGAGCGUGGCGGCGGGGUGGCACGCCGACGCCACCAUCAACGCCUUCGACAACGACCAGGAGGACCCCAACCCGGACCUCCCCCGCAUCGUCGGCUACCUGGUGCCCGUGAACGCCUACUGGAUGGCCUCCGGCGAGUCCUCGUCGGACUCCUCCUCCUCCUCCUCCUCCAGCGACGACGACGACUCCGGCCACCCCAAGUCCAAGUACAUCCCUUUCCAGAACAACCACUGCUUCCAGCAGAGGCAGGCACUUGUGACGUACCUGGAGAACAACCGGGCCGGCAUCACGGUGUACGGCUUCGUCGUCGACCGGACGUGGCUGCACGCGCUGUUCAUGAUCGAGUUCUCCCUCGUCAUGUGGCUGCUGGGGAAGACGGUCGGCAUAUCCUGAGGCCUGAAGGAGCUUUUGCCUCCUGUUGAAGCUUUCAGCUCUCUCUCUGCUCUGCAGCCGUGCCGAGAUUUCUGAUGAUCAAAGAUCUCUGCAUCGUCUCAUAUUGCUUCCUGGAUUGUACAAUACAAAAUCGAGUGCAGAAAUUGCAGAUAAUAGUUCAGUUUCUGUGCCAUGUCCGGCACAAAAACGAAGCAACAGUUCUGAAGUUUUUAGCUGUAUGUUUUUCUUUAAAAAUUUUUAUGGUUCUUUGUUUGAGGCAGAUUCUGAUGGAGCAUUAGUUGUAUGAAAAAUAAUGGGAUGGGAUAGUUGUCCAGCUUGAUUUGAUGAGAUUAUGAGAGAACAGUGAUCGUUGUAUACUGUAUAGGUUGAUUUCAUGAAACGAUUACAGUGAUGUUCAGGUUGACUUUUUUUUUUCCA